AUGGCUCCAUUGCUAAGUUUUCUUCUAGUUCUAGCCUUCCUCAUUGGCGCUACAUCUGCAGAUGGAACGUGUUUUGGAACCGGGUGUAUUGGUACAUAUGCAUCUAUCACAGGCACAGGUCCGCAGACCAUGCUGACCCCCGUGGGUGGCGCUCUUCUUGGAACAACUAAAACUAUCACGGGCAUUGAUCAGAAUUCCCACAUCGUAUGCAACGAAUACAGGUUCGCGAAUGGAAAGUUUGAGGAAAACCCCUAUGGAAAGACCGUCCCAGCAACGUGUGACGUUGGAUACGAACUGAAUCCUUUCGCACUUGCGAAGUGCACCAGCAAGAAUGGUGUCUUUGGUUGGUCUAACUUGUACUUAGCACCUCUGGACAAGAUGUGUAUCAAUAUCACCCUUGUUGGUGGAUAUCAAGUUCUCCCAAGUGGAACUCCUCCGCAAAACGUCCAUAACCCCCUUGUUGGCGGAUCUCAAGUUCUCCCACGUGGAACUCUUCCGCGUAACGUCCGAACUCCUCCGCAUAACGUCCUAUGCAACGAAUACGAAAUCAAGAAUGGAAAAAUUGAAAGUGGAGAUUAUGGCGCAAUCCGUGUACCAACGUGUCAUUCUGGUUACAAACACGGGAUUUUCGCAUAUGUGAAAUGUACUGGCAAGAUCGGCGUCUCUGGCCACGCUGCUUAUGGGUGGUAUAACUUGUACUCUGUGCCUAUGAACAACAUGUGCGUCACAAACUCAGAAAACACCCUUCUUGGUAAAUAUCAAAUUUACAGAAAUGGGCAGCCGUUCGAGUUUUAUCUCCGUUCGCCAUCACUUACAGGCACCACCGACCGCUCUCAGGACACCGUCCUAUGCCUCACCUACACAUUCGAGAAUGGAACAUUUGCGCAUGCACAAUAUGGCGACACCGUUCCAGCAACAUGUCCCGCUGGAUACGAACGCACAGCUUUCGCAUUCGCGAAGUGUACCUUCAGGAACGGCAUUUACGGCUGGUCUAACGUCAACUCUAUCCCUCUGGACAAGAUGUGCGCCAAGAACACCCUUCUUGGAACAUAUACCGUAGGUGCACCAGCAGGCCAAUACGAUCCAGAGGCUCCCAUCGUAUGCGACGACUACAGGGUCAUGAAUGGAAAGUUUGUGUCAACACACUAUGGCAUGGCCAGUGAGGUGACGUGUGACACCGGAUCCUACCCUGCAACCCCGCACGCAGUGGCACAGUGUGUUAGCAGGAACGGUCUCUAUGGCUGGUCGAUCUCGGACUCUUCUCCACCUGAGGACAAGAUGUGCAUCCCUUAA